AUGACUGGCGCAGGAAAAUCUGGUGGCAAGGCCUCUGGUUCCAAGAAUGCUCAAUCGCGUUCUUCUAAGGCUGGUCUGGCAUUUCCUGUUGGUCGUGUCCACCGUCUUCUCCGAAAGGGCAACUAUGCUCAGCGUGUUGGCGCUGGUGCCCCUGUUUACUUGGCUGCUGUUCUCGAGUACCUCGCUGCCGAAAUUCUCGAGUUGGCCGGUAACGCUGCCCGCGACAACAAAAAGACUCGUAUCAUCCCCCGUCACUUGCAACUAGCUAUCCGAAACGAUGAGGAGUUGAACAAGUUGUUGGGUCAUGUCACUAUUGCCCAGGGUGGUGUUUUGCCCAAUAUUCACCAGAACCUACUGCCGAAGAAGACUGGUGGCAAGAGCGGCAAGAAUGCGAGCCAGGAGUUGUAA